CUCCCUGGACCGCACCCCGACUCUGUAUGAAAUUUCGGCUUGUGAAGGAGGGAGGGUAGACAGAAAUUGAAAAAAGAGAAAAUAGUAAGGGAGAGAAAGGGAGGGAGGAAACGAACGCUCCAGUUUAACCAUAUCUUGUAGCGAGGUAGCAGCCGUCGAAAAGGGAGUUUGAUUCGCUGCGUAACGGACAUCGACGGAGCCACCGGUUUUUGCUAGCCACCCCAAAAAACGUCUGCAUCUGAAGAGCAGCAAUCAUGUCGGACGCAGACAAGUUCCUGUAUGUGGACCGCAACAUAGUCAACAAUCCGUUGGCGCAGGCCGACUGGGCCUCCAGGAAGCUGGUGUGGGUGCCCUCGGAGCGGCUGGGCUUCGAGGCUGGCUCCAUCAAGGAGGAGCAUGGCGACGAGGUGAUGGUGGAGCUGGCCGACUCCGGCAAGAAGGUGCGUGUCAACAAGGAUGACAUCCAGAAGAUGAACCCGCCCAAGUUCAGCAAGGUGGAGGACAUGGCCGAGCUCACCUGCCUCAACGAGGCUUCUGUGCUGCACAACCUGAAGGAGCGCUACUACUCCGGCCUCAUCUACACAUACUCUGGGCUCUUCUGUGUGGUGAUCAACCCUUACAAGAACCUGCCCAUCUACUCUGAGGAGAUCGUUGAGAUGUACAAGGGCAAAAAACGCCACGAGAUGCCCCCACACAUCUACGCCAUCACUGACACGGCCUACAGAAGUAUGAUGCAGGACCGUGAAGACCAGUCUAUUCUGUGCACAGGGGAGUCUGGAGCGGGCAAGACUGAGAACACCAAGAAGGUCAUUCAGUAUCUGGCUCACGUGGCCUCCUCCCACAAGACCAAGAAAGAUCAGAACAGCUCGGUCCUGUCACAUGGGGAGCUGGAGAAACAGCUGUUGCAGGCCAAUCCCAUCCUGGAGGCCUUUGGUAAUGCCAAGACCGUCAAGAAUGACAACUCCUCCCGAUUUGGCAAAUUCAUCAGAAUUAACUUUGACGUCAACGGAUACAUCGUGGGAGCCAACAUUGAGACCUAUUUGCUGGAGAAAUCCCGUGCCAUCAGACAGGCCAAAGACGAGAGGACCUUCCACAUCUUCUACUACAUGCUCACAGGAUCUGGAGACAAGCUGCGCACCGAACUGUGCCUUGAGGGAUACAACAACUACCGCUUCCUGUCCAACGGCAAUGUGACGAUCCCUGGCCAGCAGGACAAGGACAUCUUCACCGAGACCAUGGAGGCCAUGAGAAUCAUGGGCUUCCCUGAAGAAGAGCAAAUAGGUCUGCUGAAGGUGAUCUCUUCCGUGCUGCAGCUGGGCAACAUGAGCUUCAAGAAAGAGCGCCACAAUGACCAGGCCUCCAUGCCCGACAACACGGCCGCGCAGAAGGUGUGCCACCUCAUGGGCAUGAACGUGACCGACUUCACCCGUGCCAUCCUGUCGCCCAGGAUCAAGGUCGGCCGCGACUACGUGCAGAAGGCCCAGACCCAGGAGCAGGCAGAAUUUGCCGUGGAGGCCCUGGCCAAGGCCACCUACGAGAGGAUGUUCCGCUGGCUGGUCAUGCGCCUCAACAAAGCACUGGACAAGACCAAGCGCCAGGGGGCCUCCUUCAUUGGCAUCCUGGACAUCGCUGGCUUUGAGAUCUUUGAUUUGAACUCCUUCGAGCAGCUCUGCAUCAACUACACCAACGAGAAGCUGCAGCAGCUCUUCAACCACACCAUGUUCAUCCUGGAGCAGGAGGAGUACCAGAGGGAGGGCAUCGAGUGGAGCUUCAUCGACUUUGGCCUGGACCUGCAGCCCUGCAUCGACCUCAUCGAGAAACCAGCAAGUCCCCCUGGUAUCCUGGCUCUGCUGGAUGAGGAGUGCUGGUUCCCCAAGGCCACGGACAAGAGCUUUGUGGAGAAGGUGCUGCAGGAGCAGGGCACGCACCCCAAGUUCUUCAAGCCCAAGAAACUUAAGGAUGAGGCCGACUUCAGCAUCAUCCACUACGCUGGAAAGGUGGACUACAAAGCGGAUGAGUGGCUGAUGAAGAACAUGGACCCCCUGAAUGACAACGUUGCCUCUCUGCUCAACCAGUCAACAGACAAGUUUGUGUCUGAGCUGUGGAAGGACGUGGAUCACAUUGUGGGACUGGACAAGGUGGCCGGUAUGUCUGAGCUGCCAGGUGCCUUUAAGACACGCAAGGGCAUGUUCCGCACGGUCGGCCAGCUCUACAAGGAGCAGCUGUCCAAGCUGAUGGCCACUCUCCGAAACACCAACCCCAACUUCGUGCGCUGCAUCAUCCCCAACCACGAGAAGAAGGCGGGUAAGCUGGACCCACAUCUGGUUCUGGAACAGCUGAGGUGCAAUGGUGUGCUGGAGGGAAUCCGUAUCUGCAGACAGGGCUUCCCCAACCGCAUCGUCUUCCAGGAGUUCAGGCAGAGAUACGAGAUCCUCACUCCCAAUUCCAUUCCCAAGGGCUUCAUGGAUGGCAAGCAGGCCUGUCUGAUCAUGAUCAAAGCCCUGGAGCUGGACCCCAACCUGUUCCGUAUUGGUCAGAGUAAAGUGUUCUUCAGGGCUGGAGUGCUGGCCCAUCUGGAAGAGGAGAGAGACAUGAAGAUCACUGACGUCAUCAUCAGCUUCCAGGCCUGGUGCCGUGGUUAUGUGGCCCGCAGGGCAUUUGCUAAGAGACAGCAACAGCUCACUGCUAUGAAGGUGAUUCAGAGAAACUGUGCUGCCUACCUGAAGCUGAGAAACUGGCAGUGGUGGAGACUCUUCACCAAGGUGAAGCCGCUGCUGCAGGUAAGCAGGCAGGAGGAGGAGAUCGAGGCCAAGGACAGUGAGCUGAAGAAAGUGAAGGAGAAGCAGGAGUAUGCUGAGGUGCAGCUUCAGGAGAUGGAGGUCAAGCAGCAGCAGCUCAAUUCCGAGAAGAUGGCCCUGCAGGAGCAGCUGCAGGCUGAGAUGGACCUGUGCGCCGAGGCUGACGAGAUGCGCAACCGGCUGGUGGCCAAGAAGCAGGAGCUGGAGGAGAUCCUGCACGACCUGGAGGCGCGGGUGGAGGAGGAGGAGGAGCGCGCCACCCAGCUGGUGACUGAGAAGAAGAAGAUGCAGCAGAACAUCUCGGACCUGGAGAACCAGCUGGAUGAGGAAGAGGCUGCCAGGCAGAAGCUGCAGCUGGAGAAGGUGACCAUGGAGUCCAAGUUGAAGAAGGUGGAGGAAGACGUCAUGGUGCUGGAUGACCAGAACAACAAACUGGUUAAGGAGAAGAAGCUUAUGGAAGAGAGGAUCUCAGAGUUCACCUCCAACCUUGCCGAGGAGGAGGAGAAGUCGAAGAGUCUGCAGAAACUCAAGAACAAGCACGAGGCCAUGAUCACUGAUCUGGAGGACCGCCUGCGCAGAGAGGAGAAGGGGAGGCAGGAGCUGGAGAAGAACCGGCGCAAACUGGAGGGAGACUCCACUGAGCUGACCGACCAGAUCGCGGAGUUGCAGGCCCAGAUCGCUGAGCUCCGUGCCCAGCUGGCUAAGAAGGAAGAGGAACUCCAGCAGGCUCUUGCCAGGAUUGAGGAGGAGGCCGCUCAGAAGAACCUAGCCCAGAAGAAGAUCCGGGAGCUGGAGGCUCAGCUGUCCGAGUUGCAGGAGGACCUGGACCUGGAGCGCGCCGCCCGCACCAAAGCCGAGAAACAGCGCCGGGACCUGGGCGAGGAGCUGGAGGCCCUCAAGACCGAGCUUGAGGACACCCUGGACUCUACAGCAACCCAGCAGGAGCUCAGGACCAAGCGUGAGACAGAGGUGACCCACCUGAAGAAGACUCUGGACGACGAGGCCAAAGUGCAUGAGAUUCAAGUGGCAGAGAUGAGACAAAAACAUGGCCAGGCCUUUGAUGAGCUCAACGAGCAGCUGGAGCAGGCCAAGAGGAACAAGGUGUCCAUGGAGAAAGCCAAGCAGGCUAUGGAGAGCGAGCGCAACGAGCUGCAGAUCGAGCUGAAGACGCUGAUGCAGGGCAAGGGGGAUUCGGAGCACCGCAGGAAGAAGGCCGAGGGUCAGGUGCAGGAGCUGCUGGUCAAACACAGCGAGAGCGAGAAGCAGAAGAUCGAGCUGGCCGACAGGGUGGCCAAACUACAGACGGAGCUGGACAACGUGAGCGGACUCCUCAACGAUGUGGAGGGCAAAUCCAUCAAGGCAACCAAGGACUGCUCUGUUGUGGAGUCCCAGCUGCAGGACGUUCAGGAGCUUCUCCAGGAGGAGACCCGUCAGAAGCUGUCCUUCUCCAGCCGUCUGCGGCAGCUGGAGGAUGAGCAGAACGGCCUGAAGGAGCAGCUGGAGGAGGAGGAGGAGGCCAAGAGGAACGUGGAGAAGCAGCUGCUCACCGCACAGAGCCAGGUGGCAGAGUUUAAGAAGAAGAUGGAGCAGGAGGCCGGCUGCCUGGAGAGCGCCGAGGAGGGCAAGAAGCGGCUGCAGCGCGACCUGGAGGGGGUCACCCAGCGCCUGGAUGAGAGGAACUCCGCCUUCGACAAGCUGGACAAGACUAAGACCCGCGUGCAGCAGGAGCUGGACGACCUCCUUGUGGACCAGGACCACCUCCGGCAGAUCGUCUCCAACCUGGAGAAGAAGCAGAAGAAGUUCGACCAGAUGCUGGCUGAGGAGAAGUCCAUCUCUGCGCGCUUCGCUGAGGAGCGUGACCGCGCCGAGGCAGAGGCCCGGGAGAAGGAGACGCGCGCUCUGGCUCUGACCCGCGAGCUGGAGAGCCUCAGUGACAUGAAGGACGAGAUGGACCGCGCCAACAAAAUGCUCCGUGCCGAGAUGGAAGACCUAGUCUCCUCCAAGGAUGACGUUGGCAAGAGUGUCCAUGAGCUGGAGAAGUCCAAGCGCGCCAUGGACCAGCAGCUGGAGGAGAUGCGCACUCAGCUGGAGGAGCUGGAGGACGAGCUGCAAGCCACCGAGGACGCCAAGCUGAGGCUGGAGGUCAACAUGCAGGCCAUGAAGGCCCAGUAUGAGAGAGACCUGGCGGGCCGCGAUGAGAUGGGCGAGGAGAAGAAGAAACAGCUUGUCAAACAGGUGCGUGAGAUGGAGAUGGAGCUGGAGGAUGAGCGGAAGCAGCGCUCUGUUGCUGUGGCAGCACGCAAGAAGCUGGAGCUGGACCUGAAGGAACUGGAGGCAGCCAUCGACAUGGCCAACAAGAACCGCGACGAGUACCUAAAACAGCUGAAGAAACUCCAGGCCCAGAUGAAGGACCUUCUGCGGGAGCUGGAAGACACUCGCAUGUCCAGAGAUGAGAUUCUCGUCCAAGCUAAGGAGAACGAGAAGAAGGUCAAGAGUAUGGAGGCAGAGAUGAUCCAGAUGCAGGAGGAGCUGGCCUCCGCAGAGCGCAUGAAGAGGCAGGCCCAGCUGGAGCGGGAUGAGCUGCAGGAUGAGAUCAACAGCCAGGCCAGCAAGAAUGCUCUGAUUGCAGAGGAGAAGAGGAAACUGGAGAGUCGCAUCGCUCAGCUGGAGGAGGAGCUGGAGGAGGAGCAGUGCAACACGGAGCUGGUCAACGACCGUCUCAAGAAGGCCCUGCUGCAGACCGACCAAAUGAACGUGGAGCUGACGGCCGAGCGCAGUACCGUCCAGCGCCUGGAGGGGGCGCGUUCUCAGCUGGAGAGGCAGAACAAGGAACUGAAGCUGAAGCUUCAGGAGAUAGAGAGCACCGUCAAGAGCAAGUACAAGGCCGGCAUCACCGCCCUGGAGGCCAAGAUUGCCCAGCUGGAGGAGCAGCUCGACAUCGAGACCCGGGAGAGACAGCAGGCCUCCAAGUUGGUCCGGCGUACGGAGAAGAAGCUGAAAGAGGUCGUCCUGCAGGUGGAUGAUGAGAGACGCAGCGCUGAGCAGUACAAGGACCAGUCAGAGAAGCUGAACUCACGCAUGAAGCAGCUGAAGCGUCAGCUGGAGGAGGCGGAGGAGGAGGCGCAGAGAGCCAAUGCCAACCGCAGGAAGCUGCAGAGAGAGCUAGAGGACGCCUCCGAGUCUGCUGAUGCCAUGAACCGCGAAGUGAACACCUUGAAGAGCAAGCUCAGGCGAGGUGACCUGCCCUUCACCAUGAGGCGCAUCGUGAGCCGCCAGGGCGUGGAGAGCGACGACGAGAGUGAGACCAAGAGCGAGACCUCGGAGCCCAAGCCUGAGUGAAAGCACCCACAGUGCCCGCCUACCUGCAGUGUACACCUGCUUCUGUACUCUCAUACACAACAUCGAAACACACUUACAUACACAUCGAAACACACACUUACAUACACAUCGAAACACACACUUACAUACACAUCGAAACACACACUUACAUACACAUCGAAACACACUUACAUACACAUCGAAACACACACUUACAUACACAUCGAAACACACACUAAAAUACUCAUCGAAACACACUAGAAGAUGGACAAGGCUGUCCACAGGAAUUACGCACACACAUACAAAUGCAUAAGUGCCAUAUUUUGCAAAAAUGGACAAUACAGUAACAUCCACACAGGGAAAUGUCAGAUGCCCUAAAAUCCAAUGCAGAUGUGAGAUGCCUGUACCUACCAAUGCCAUAUAUCUGUACUUAAUUUUUUACUUUGGCAACCAUUGAGCUGACAAUCUAUCUACCUACAAACACACUUACAGAUUAACUGUUCAUUUGACAAUCCUCCCUUAGAUAGUACCACUCACAUGUCAACAAGGACCAAAAUCUUUCAGUCUUUUCAUGUGAUUCUCUGGGAUAAAGUAUGAAUGCUAUUUUUGUAAGGAAACAUUCCAGUUGUGAUAGAGCUGUUCCUGGAUCUAUUUUUCUAACUGACCGAAGGAAGGAAGGAAGGAAGUAAGGAAGGAAAGAAGUAGUGUGUAUAAAGGAGACAAAAAAGUGAAGUGAAACCUGAAGAUGAGAAACUAAUAGAAGGGGACCAAAGUAAUAUCACAAUUUAAAGAAUUGUAUUUUAUUCUGAAGUUUUUAUACUGAUUUAAGGAUGGAAGUACUACCCAUGUAUAAUGGCUCUUGCUAGCUCCCACUCUGUCUCUCUCUCUGUCUCUGUCUUUUUCUCUCUCUCUCUCUCACACACACCUCAUGAGUGGGAGAUGCUGCCAUGUGUACUGUAUGAAUAGUAGCUGCGCUUUAGUACCUUAUCCAAGUAUGCUUUGGGCUGUAACCUGCACAGGAACAUUACUGCAAACGUGCACACAAGAACUCAAAAAACCGGGCUAGAAGUAUAUUUGCACUGAGCAUAUUAGAAGUAUUAAACUGACUAUUCAAAUGCCAUGUAUGCCACUACACUGGUGCGAAUAAUAAUUGACGAAGGACAACUUAAUUAGCCUAUGCACAAGCUCAUGUAAUUCUACCCGCUCGCACUACAGCCUUAAAUAGGUUCAGUCAAACUUGUGUUGAUUAUCUGGAUCUUUGACUGUUCUGACUUUAUUUUUGUUUUUUAUAUAUAUACGGUCUUCACACAUGUUGUCUUUAGUAGCUUCUUUUGACGCAAGUGGCAAAGCUGACAGGGGUGGAGGGGUAGAUUAUUGUAACUCACUGCACACACUGUAUUCUCAGGGCACUGCUGAGAGGGGAACUUCAAUGUUUGUUUGUUUUUUCCAACCCAAAACAGGACCUAGACGGGAGGGGAGAGAAGGAAGGCUGUAACCGCUGAUUUGGUUUUAGUUAAACUCCCCUCUGCAAACGUACAUGGUGAUAGGUAUACCUGGGGAGCCACAGGGCAGGCCUACAAACCAUCGCUGGCUGGGAAGGCCUUUUUGGCUCUCACCUGAUAUUGGGAGAAUGAAGGGAUAAUUGAGGGGCUUUACUGGGGUUGUGUUAAACACAGCUGUACAUGGAGGUCUGGAUGGUGUUUAAUCUGACAGUGGCUGUGCUUUUGACACCCUGUCCCCACCUUAGUAUGUGCUCAGGGUCAGCUUUCUUCGCUCACACUGCUGGGAAGUGAGAGGAAUCUAUUAUCAUUGAGGACUAAUGGUUAGAAUAACGAGUUAUACUCUCACUUAAAUAAAAUUUUAAAAAGAAAAAAAAAAGUCUUAAUUUUCUACUGUUUCUCUGCAGCUCUGAAAAAAGUAUCUAGAUGGAUGAGUCAUGAAUUGUUGGUAUUGAUGCAAUAAAAUGGCUUUCUAAACUGCUA